AUGGCCAAAUCAUCUUUGAUCCGUAUCGAUGCUUACUCGAUUGGGCUGCUCGCGGUGCUGGCUGCCUGCUUGCUUUAUGCACGCAUCAUCCAGCACCGCGAUCAGCCUGUGCUGCACCCUCUGAUCCUGCAUAGGCAAUCGGAGGCGUCGUCCGUGCACCUCGUGGGCGAGUCGCCCACGUACCGCAACGUGAAUGCGCCCCUCGGCCGCGACUUGGCCAUGCGUCCGCAACGGAGCACUCCGACCAUCGCGACGCUCCUCGCACAGGGGCUUACGGGCACGGAAGGCUCUCACGUGCGUCGCGUAAUGGACGCGUCGCUCAGCAACGACGAGCUGCGCGCGCAGGCCGCAGCGUUUAUGCGCGGGGUCGAGACGCUUGUGAAGUCGGAUUCGCCCACCAUUGUCGUGUGUGGCUUCCUUGACACGGCGCCUGCGGUCAUUGCUGCGAUCGCAGGCGCCGUUGCGAACGAACGCGCACGGACCGUGAUGGUACCGCCGGGCCUGGCGCCUACGAAGCGCCCAGGCGGCAUUGAUCUCGCGACGACCGCGGUCGUGUGUAUUGGCGCGCCUUUGCUUCCAGUGUGGGCAAAUGCGCGCCUGGUUGUUGUGCGCGGCAGCGGCUCUCUCGAGGGCGCUACGCCCAAGCACAGCCCGACGGAGUGGGACGAUGUGCUGGGCGCUGCACCCGACGGCACCGCUCCGCCGCCGCCUGACGUGUCGCGCUUGUCGAAUGCAGAGCUUGAUCGUCUUGGUGCGCGUACGUACGCGACCGUAUGGGACGGUCACAGUGCCUGGCUCAAUGUGACGCACACGUCCAUGACGUCGGCGGUAACGGCGUGGCUGAGCGAGUUUCCCGCGGACGAGGUGCCGAAUGUAAACGAUGUCGUGCUGACGGAUUUGGUGUACGCACGCGCCGUCCCCGCUCUGGUGCACUGGACGCUUGUUCUGACGUGUCUGGCCGCGGGCGCGAGCAUUGCGUGCGAGCCGCCGACCGAGCUCGUAUCUUCAGCCGCUAUGCUGCGCCCGACGCUCCUGUUCAUCAGUACGCGCAGCGCGCAAAUGAUUGAGCACCGAUUGUGGGUUCCCGCGACGGGUGCGCUGCUAUACUCUCUCAUGCGGCGCGUCAAUAUGAACCUCCUGCGCAACGGCCUCUUUCCCCGUGGCCGCCUCCUGGACAACUGGAUUGUGGCGCCACUCCGUACGGCCAUUGGCGUCAGCGGUGUGCGAGCGGCUGUGCUCGCCGGCAACGGAACGGCCGCAGACCAGACACUGCUUGAUGCACUGCGUCUGUACCUCGGAGUGCCGGUGAUGCACGCGUAUGUGCCAGCGCAGCUGCGCUGCGACACGCAUGCUGCGCUCAUCACGGCGCCAGCAAGCACAUCGAACCUGUACGACUUGCAAGCCUUUGCGCCCGAGUCGGUGGACGACGAGUCGGCGCGCUGCCUCGCGGCGCCCGUCGGCCCGCCGUCUGUUGCACUGGAACUGAAGCUCGUGCACGACUCGCCGGCGGUCGCACGCUACGCGACAGAAUUGGAGCAUCUGCGUGCCGGAGGGCACGCGGCGGAUCCGAUCGGCGAAGUGUAUGUGCGGGGCUAUACCCUGACGGCGCGCGACCAUGACGCCACGACCAUCUCGCCGUGGCACGCGACGGGCGAUGUGGGGCUUAUGCGCACCAAUGGCACGCUCGUCGUCGUUGCGCCGCGCGGAGCGGAUGAGGCGGGCAUGCUGCCCAGCACGGUGUCGUCGAUGGACAUGAGCCAGCGCCUGGCGCGUUCGGCGGCGAGCGUGGUGCGGCGCAGCGCGGCUGCGGCUGCUGCGCCUGCACUGCUCCUGGGCUGUGCCCUGGCAUGUGUGAGCGGCGCCGAGGCCCGACACAUGACGCCGCAGCGACGUGGUGUGUCCCUGGUGCCACGCGCGGCAACCGUGCCGCCGCUCAACACGACCAUGGUGGAUGUGGCACUGGACGGUGUGCUGUCGUCGCAGCGUGCGUCCUGGGAGCAGGGCGUUCUGCAGUCGGCGGUGACCGAGUACCUGUACCCUAACUGGACAUUUUUUAAAAAGCCCGACUCGCAGCUCUUCCCUCCGCCGCGCUCGGUGGCGUCGGUGGCGCAGCCGGUAGCGCUCCUGCGCCUCGCAGAGAAGAGCGUGAGCAGCCAGGACGCCGCGGGGCGCCUCGCCAGCCUGAUUACGGGCGACGAGCGCAUGAAUGAAGGCGCGACGAUGGACUCGGCGAGCUGUGGGGAAGGCGUCCUAGUCGGCGCGUGGAUCAACGAGGGUUUUCCCAACCAGGCGCCGGCGCCGCAGAGCACGUACGGAGCGGCGGCGCAGCGCCAACUCCUCUAUUUGCUGCGCAAUGUGACGCGUACGCCGACGGGAGCACUGAGCCAGCGCGUAUCGCCAAGAACGGUGCAGCUGUGGUCCGAUUCGGCGUACAUGGGCCCGCCGUUCCUAGCGGCAUAUGGCGUGAUGACGGGCAACGAGACGCUCGUGCGUAUGGCGUACGAGCAGCUGCAGCUGCAGCGCGCGGCGCUGCGCAUCACACGCGGCCCGGGCACCGGUCUCUGGCAUCACAUCGUGCAAUUUAACGGAAGAAACAAGACGCCGCAUCCCAUUGAUUCGCGUGCAUGGCUUUCGGGCCUGGGGUGGGCUGCCGCUGGCAUGCUGCGCGUGGCGGCGAUGAUCAGUGCGAGUCCGUGGGCGCAGGCGAUGCAUGUGCCGCACGACAACCUGCUGCAGUGGACGGACGAGCUGCUGAAGGCUGUGUAUCAGAAUGUCGAUGGGACCACGGGUCUGCUGCCGAACAAUGCCAACAAUGCGUCGUCGUUUAGGGACGCGUCGGGCACGGCGCUUGUGACAUACGCGGCAUUCCGCCUGGGCAGCAUGGAUGCGUCGCGGCAGCAGUACGUGGAGCAGGCCGAGCGUGCCUAUCAAACGCUCUCGUCGGGACUCAGUCCUGCGAGUUCGUUUGUGGAUGGGCUCCUCACGGUCAACGAGCUCAACACGAGCGCGCCGGGCCCUACGUCCACAGAGAGCCUCUCGUUUAUGAUUCUCAUGUCGGCGGCGCGGCGCGACUAUUAUGCAGGCAACGUCCGCAGCCCGCACCAGAUACCCACGGAGGCGCGGCGCGGCCGGGCGCUCCCCUGCCGCUUGUGGUGGCAUUGGCGGCUGCUACACUAG